ACCUUUCUUUUCCAAUGCCACCUUCGUAAGCACUAAUAAAGCCCAGCCCCGCACCCAGAGUAUAACUAGAAAAACGGAAUCUUCUCCCUUCUCUCUCCUCCAUCUUUUCCCUAAAACUAUUUGUCGCUCUCCCCUUUCUCGUAUUUAGCCAUCAAAUCAACUCAAAAUCCAUUCCAUUUGUUUCAUCACUCAACUUAUGGAAAGUACUUUCUAUAGCUACUCUACAGUUGCUUGAACUUUUUUAAUCCGUUCCAGAGGAGAGGAGUUUUUGCAAUUGUGUGUAUGCGUUUUUGUUGUUGUUGUUGAAUGGCGAUGGACGAUAACGAGAGUUGCGGAAGCAGAGCGAUGGAGCCGUCGUCGCCGAAACAAAAUCGGUUACAUAGGCAGAAGCUUGAAGUGUUUAACCAAGUGCUUACUCGACUACAGGAUUUGAAUCUCGAAGAGGUUAAACUUCCUGGCUUUGAAGACCACCUUUGGCUUCACUUCAAUCGCCUCCCUGUUCGAUAUGCAUCGGAUGUUAAUGUGGAAAGAGCAGAAGAUGUGCUCAUGCAUAAGAGAUUACUGGACCAAGCAGAGGAUCCUGCGAAUAGACCUGCCUUUGAUGUCCGCCUUGUGCAGGUUCACCCCAUGUACAACGCAGUUUCAACCAAUACAGUUGAUGUAAAUUCUUCCGUUAAAGAUGAAAUUCCAAGCAUUCAUCCUCCUCCAACAUUUGGUUCAUCACCAAAUCUUCAAGGCCUUGAAAUUCAUGAUAAUAAAGCUCAUAUAAAUCAUGGAGAAAGUGAUAUCAAUUCUACUUCGCGGUCAACCAGGCCAAUGCACGAGAUUACUUUUUCAACAAUUGACAAACCAAAAACGCUCACUCAGUUGACUAAUAUAAUUUCUGAGAUUGGUCUGAACAUUGAAGAGGCCCAUGUUUUUUCAACUACUGAUGGUUUCUCCUUGGACGUCUUUGUGGUUGAUGGAUGGCCAUAUGAGGAGACAGAGUUGCUUAAGAGUGAGGUGCAAAAGGAAAUUACGAGGAGCGAGGAGCAAACACCAUAUAUCCAGCUUGCAAUCCACGAGCAAGGUCAAACAUCUGAAUCAGGUUCUGAUAGCGUAAAAAUACCUAAUGAUGGAUCUGAUGACUGGGAAAUUGAUAUCCGCCUGCUGAAAUUUGAAAACAAAGUUGCAUCUGGGUCAUUUGGAGAUCUGUACAAAGGCACAUACUGUAGCCAGGAAGUGGCUAUAAAAGUUCUCAAGCCAGAACAUUUGAAUAUGGAUAUGGUAAAAGAGUUCUCGCAGGAGGUCUUUAUAAUGAGGAAAAUUCGGCACAAACAUGUUGUCCAAUUUAUAGGGGCAUGCACACGACCUCCAAACCUGUGCAUCGUGACUGAGUUCAUGUCCAGAGGAAGCAUCUAUACUUUUUUGCACAAGCAAAGAGGUGCAUUUAAGCUUCCUACUCUCCUAAAGGUUGCAGUUGAUGUUUCUAAGGGAAUGAGUUAUCUGCACCAGAAUAACAUAAUUCAUCGGGAUCUGAAGACUGCCAAUCUUCUGAUGGAUGAACAUGGAGUAAGUCCGAGCUGGAUCUCAACUCUUUUUAAAAGCUUGUCCAGUUGUCGUAAAGUUUUUUUCUUUGGAGUCUAGGGUAUUAUUUCAUUU